AUGGACGGAAUCUUGGCGGGAUACGGAUCGGACGAGGAAGUCACUGAUCACAACACGACCACCACUACUACUACUGAACGCAAAGAAAGCCAGACGAUGGAUGAAAGUACGGUAGCACCAGGCUCGGAGCCUGACGAUGAGAUCGAUAAUAUCAAUGGCGACGUUUUUGGAAUCAACGAAUCACUCUCAAACAAGCCCAAGCCAGAACAAGCCGGCGAGCCAUCAAAUCCGCUCGAUAAACAAAUCAUCACAACAGUCCCUCACGUCAUCCCAGCCAUUGACCAAUCAUCCUCUACUUCCCUCAUUCUCAGAACAUCAGACACCGAAAUGAAUGUGAACGUCAAGUACUCAGAUAUGAUCUUACCAAAACAAGGCCCCAAAAAUCCGUUCACAAGCCGGAAGUUAGAAAAAAUGAAUACCCUAAAUGGUCACAUCGAAGAAGAAUAUAUCAAUGAUGUCGACUUCAAUCGACAACAACGAACGUUCCACGUGCUCAAGUAUGCCAAGAACCCGUCAAUAAUUGCGUCGACCUCAGAAAAUCCAGAACUCAAUUUUGUAGGGGAUGUACAUGCGGCAUUCAAGAACGGGGGGAUGCUUGCCUCGGAGAUGAAGUUGACAAAGGCGAUGAAGAAGACGGUGAAGCGGAAACGGGAGGACAAAGGCGAGCUAGGGGUGUUUGACGAGGAGCAGGAGGAGGAGGAGGAGGAGGGAGAGGGAGAGGGGGAGCAGGGCCCACCGAAGCCACCGACCAAGUCGCGCGAAUACAAAGGCCCGUGGGCGGGCUGGCACGACGAACAUCUCGAACCUGUUGGGCCAGACGAAGAGGAGUACGAGGCUGCAAAGCGGGCCAGCACCUCGUCAUCUGUCGUCAAGAAGCAGGCCACCGAAAAAGGCCAAGCCAAACGCGAAGUCGCUUACGGCGAAGAAAAAUCCACCCUCCAUGCCAAGAGCUUACAUGAUUACCAGGGGCGGACUUACAUGCACGUGCCCACCGACCUCGACGUCGAUCUGCUUUCGACCGAUCCUCCCAGUGAAUGCUUUCUCCCUAAACGUUGCAUUCACACCUGGAUGGGCCAUACCAAGGCCGUCUCGGCCAUCCGGCUCUUUCCAGAGAGUGGCCAUUUGUUGCUGAGCGCGAGUAUGGACUCUCGGGUCAAACUUUGGGAUGUUUACCAUGAUGGAAAAUGCCUGAGGACGUUCAUGGGCCAUUCUAAGGCUGUAAGAGAUGUCACAUUCUCAAACGAUGGAAAACAGUUCCUUUCUGCCGGAUACGACCGUCAAAUUAAGUUAUGGAACACUGAAACUGGUCAUUGUGUACAAGCAUUCUCCAACGGCAAGAUUCCUUACUGCGUUAAGUUGCAUCCUGAUAACGAUAAGCAGCACAUAUUUCUAGCUGGAAUGUCGGACAAAAAGAUUGUCCAGUACGAUAUGCGUUCAGGCGAGAUAACGCAAGAGUAUGACCAACACUUAGGACCAGUGAAUACGAUCACCUUUGUCGAUGAAAAUCGGAGGUUUGUGACUACAUCUGACGACAAAACUAUCCGGGCUUGGGACUUCGAUAUCCCCGUCGUGAUCAAAUACAUCGCCGAACCUGCUAUGCACAGUAUGCCUGCUGUCACUCUUCAUCCAAACAAUAAGUGGUUAGCGAUGCAAUCAUUAGACAACCAAGUGUUGAUCUAUUCGGCGGAUUCGUUCAAGCAGAAUCGUAAGAAACGUUUUGCGGGCCACACGAUUGCUGGUUAUGCAUGUGAAGUGGGCUUUUCGCCCGACGGGAAGUUCUUGAGCUCAGGCGAUGGGUCUGGAAGUAUGGUUUUCUGGGAUUGGAAGUCUUGUCGGAUCCUCAAACGCUUGAAAUGUCACGAUCAAGUGAUCAUCAGUCAUUCUUGGCUGCCUCAUGAAACCUCAAAGUUGGUCACUGCUAGUUGGGACGGUUUGAUCAAACUUUGGGAUUGA